CGUGUGACGUGUCGCGCGACCCAAACUCGAUAAUAAUAACGAUACAAUGAACUGUGAAUAUUUAUUUACGAUGCACAUGAGCGGCACUUUGUGUUAAAUCGUCCAUGAACGGUGCGGAUGUGGUUACUAGGUUGUGUAGUGUUUAUUUGAUCAGAUCUCGGCGCAGCCGGUGCACGGCGUAGUGUUUACGUUUUCUGUAGUGGCACAUGGUCUCCGCUCGUACUACUGGUUGGCCGUGUGUGGCGCAUUGCGACACCAACCCGAGAUCUGAUCAAUAUUCAAGGAAAAUGGUGUUACGAGACAGAGUUUAAAUAGACGACAGUGUUCAAAAUGCACGGAUUCUCGCAUUUUUUCCAUAAACAUCAUCGGGAGUCCACUCCGCCGAAGGACAAAGACGACAGCAGUAGUGACAGCUGGCUGAGUGCAACUGAUUCACGUAAUGUGUUAAAUGACGACACCGCGUCAUCAACGUCGUCAGGUGCUCGGCCUAUUCCAAUUCACCCGAGAGGCUCCGGUGCACCGGCCGGCUCGCGAGCUAGUUCGGGUAGUCCUUAUGAAUUCGCAUAUAGUCCCCGCGACCGCUACCCUAACUUUGCCAGUUAUAUUCGCGAUGUUAUGGAGAGAGGGUCCCCCUCGCAGCACUAUUACACCCAUCAUCCAGACUACAGACGACAGCGAAGCGAUGGCGACCGAUAUCACAGCAGCGUCAACACAUAUCAUACUCCACGCAAUGACUAUAGAAAUUUUGUAUCACCACUUUUUAAUGACGCUAUGGACGAUAUACAAGAAAACGAAUACAGUAAAUGUGAGCGAUAUGGUGAAAUUUCCAGUUCAAAGUUGAGCCAUAGGAAUCGUCAUGAUAAUAAAAGUUUUGCUCAAAAGUUAGCCGAAACUAUUACGGGGUAA